AUGACAGAUCACCGGAAACCCAAGAGGUACAAAAAUCUUUUGUCAUGGUUUACAAGUGGUGCUCCAUCAAGUGAUAGUGUCGAUGAGAUUAGAAGUGGGAGUGGGAGUGGGAGUAGAAAUGUGACUGAGAAUUCUGUUAAUGAUGUCCCUUUAAACCCUUCUCCAUCUAUUCCACUAGAAGAGUGUCAUAAUGAAAGAAUUGAGAGAGAAGAAAGUUUUGAUGUUAGUUCUCUUCAACGUGAUCCAGGAAUAAGGCAUCCAAUUUGCAAGUACCCUUUGAAUGAGCGUGACAAUAUUCGAAGAGCUUAUGUGGUCUUAGGACCGUAUCAACCUCACUUAAGUUUUUACCCAUUAUCAUUUGACGGAGGUCAAGGUCGAAAAUUUAAUCCUAAGUGGUUCAAAGAAUGGUCGUGGCUUGAGUAUUCCGCAGAGUUGGACAAAGCAUUUUGCUUCCCUUGUUUCUUGUUUGAUAGUUACCCAUCCCAUCAUCCAGCAUUUACUGAGCAUGGGUUUCAAGGUUGGAAGAAUGUUAUGUCAAAAAAAUCUGGCAUUGUCUAUCACAUGGGAGGCAUAAAUUCCCCACAUAAUAUUGCCAUGCACAAGUGGGAGUCACUAAGAAACCCAUCUAAGCAUAUUGAAAGAGUGAUUAGCACACAAUCAUCACAAGAAGUAGCAGACAACCGACUCCGGCUUAUUACUACUAUAGAGAGUGUAAGGUUGUUGGCACGCCAGGGUUGUGCUUUUAGAGGCCAUGAUGAAUCGGUUAAUUCAUCCAAUGGUGGCAAUUUCAAUGCGGUUGUGGAUUCCUUUGGAAGAAUGAAUAUGGAUGUUCGCAGAGUCUUACAAAAUGCUCCUGUUAGAACCAAGAUUCGGGAGGAAGUGGGAGAUGCCAAAUUUUGUAUCCUUGUAGAUGAAGCUGUUGAUGUAUCUAAUAGGGAACAAAUGGCUAUCAUUCUUCGAUUUGUUGAUUGUGAUGGGUUUAUUAGAGAACGGUUUUUCAAAGUGCUUAGUGUGGCAGACACUUGUUCUCAAACUCUAAAAGAUGAGAUAUCUACAGUCCAUACUCAAUAUGAUCUUCAAGUAGAAAAUAUGCGUGGGCAAGGAUAUGCUGGUGCUAGCAACAUGCGGGGUGAAUUUAAUGGUUUGCAAGCUUUGUUUCGUGAAGAGUGUCCAUAUGCAUAUUAUGUUCAUUGUUUUGCUCAUCGCUUACAAUUGACUUUAAAUGCUGCAGCUAAAGGAGUGCAUGAUAUUUGGGAAUUCUUUUCAACUCUAAGUUUGAUUGUAAAUUUUGUUGAUUCUUCUGCAAAAAGACAUUCAGCUUUGAGAGUUAUCAAAGAAGAAGAAAUUGCAGAUUUAGUGGCUGCUGGAGCACUUGAGACUGGUAGAGGUGCUAAUCAGACUUGCACUUUGCAACGAGCAGGGGCUACUCGUUGGGGUUCACAUCUUCACUCUAUUUCAAGUUUGAUUAAGUUAUUUGGAGCUACCCAAACAACUCUUGCAAAUUUGGUUGCAAAUGGACCAAAUAAAAUUACUGAUUUUCUUUGUCAGUCAUUGCAAAAAAAAGCCAUAGACAUCUUGAAUGCUCUCAAUUUUCUUUCAAUAACAAAAUCAAAACUUCAAGAUAUGAGAGAAGAUGGUUGGGAUGAUUUGAUUAUGAGGGUUGAAACAUUUUGUUGUGAGCAUGAUAUUAUUAUGCCAGAUAUGUCUGCUCCUUAUAAGAAAAGUAUAAGGGCUUGUGAACAAAAUAUUACAAAUGAGCAUUAUUAUCGGGUCAAUAUACUUAAUGCUGUGAUAGACUUUCAAUUGGCAGAGUUGGAUAGUAGAUUUACAGAUAAUUCGUUGGAGCUCCUUAUUCUUAGUGCUACAUUUGAUCCACGCGAUAAUUUUCGAUCAUUUAAAUGUCAAGAUGUUUGCAAUCUUGCUUUGAGGUUUUAUCCUCAAGAUUUUACAUCAUAUGAUAUGCUUGCUCUAGAUAUGGAGUGUGGGUAUUUUCUAGCAGAUAUUCAGAAGGAUCCAAAAUUUGCCAACACAACUACUGUGUCUGAUUUGUGUCGGCGGUUAGUUGAAUCAAGAAAGUCAGCAUUCUUUCCUAUGAUUUAUAGAUUGAUUUGUCUUGUGCUGACUCUGCCAGUUUCUACAGCAACAACAGAGAGAGCAUUUUCAUCUAUGACCAUCAUAAAAAACAAACUUCGAAAUAAGAUGGAAGAUGAGUUUUUUGAUGAUUUGAUGGUUCUCUACAUCGAAAAAGAAUUUGCCGAUAGCAUUGAUAAUGAUUCUGUGAUUGCUGAGUUUGAACUCAGUGGGUCUAGGAGGGUACAAUUUAGUUAG